CCCCUUAUUGUUCAUCCACAUUUUCUCUGUUUGUUUGGUUUUCUUUAUUAGUUUUUAAGGGAAAGAGAAAGGGAAAAGUCAGCGACUUUUCGUUAUACGUGGUGGGUUCACCACAAAACUUGGAUUCAAAAUUCCAAUCAAACAUGGAACCACCACCCAACGGAGAGGAUUAACAAUCCUUCAAAAAAUCCCCAAUCUCAACUGCUUCUCUGCCUCCUCUUUUUCCUGAACAACAACAAAAUACCGUCUGUUUUUGGGUGUCUUCUUGUUUUUUACCGCCUACUUUUGUAGCUGACGCAUUUAAUUCGCGAAGCCGAAAGGGUGGUUUUGUGGGUUCCUGAUAUUUUUUGGUGGCUUUUGGAGAUCUUUUUGGAGUUUCAGCUGGAAUUGGCUAGCUAAAGGCACAAAUUUAAUUAUAUAUAGCACAUCCUGCUUUGGCUUUUCAAUCAGCAAUGGGAGGCGUAGUGGGAAAGAAUGAAUCACCUAGGAGUGUAUGGAUUCCAGAGACAAAGCUUGAAGCCAAAAUGGUUGAAGCUCUGCAGCGGAGGUCGUCUGAGGGAACUGCCAUGAUAUCGUUCAACAGCAUAAUCCUGAAAUUCCCCAAAAUUGAUGAGAGCUUUAGAAAGUGUAAAGCUAUUUUCGAGCAAUUUGAUGAGGACUCCAAUGGCGUAAUUGAUCAGGAGGAGUUGACAAAAUGUUUUCGAAGGCUAGAAGUUUCUUUCACAGAUGAAGAGAUCAAUGAUCUAUUUGAGGCAUGUGAUAUAAAUGAGGAUAUGGGAAUGAAGUUCAAUGAGUUCAUCGUACUUCUUUGCCUCGUCUAUCUUCUAAAGGAUGAUCGAACUGCUCUUCACGGUAAAUCACGGAUGGGAAUGCCAAAUUUGGAAGCCACAUUUGAAACGUUGGUUGAAGCAUUUGUGUUCUUGGACAAGAACAAUGAUGGCUAUGUCAGCAAGAGCGAGAUGGUUCAAGCCAUCAAUGAAACAACUUCUGGGGAACGAUCUUCUGGUCGAAUAGCCAUGAAAAGAUUUGAAGAGAUGGACUGGGACAAAAAUGGAAUGGUGAACUUCAAGGAGUUUUUGUUUGCAUUCACUCGAUGGGUUGGAAUUGACGAAAAUGAAGACGAUGAAGAAGAGGAAGAAGAGAAGAUUUGAGCAGUCAACUGUUAUGCACUAUGUCCUCAUUGGCCACCUCUACCUGUGAGAUCCAUUAAUAUCCAAGUUGAGCAGAGCAGCCCAGGAGGGUCGUAUUUGCUUUUCUUGUUAGUCUAUUAAGUUUGUGUAAACAUGUAGUAGAAUAAUUCCAUCACUCCUUCCUUGAUCUUGUGAUGUAAAUAGAUUCAAGUAUUAAAGUACUCAGCUUGGUUAUGCUUGAUCAGCUUCCUCUUGUGAUCAGGUCAAAUUGCUUGA